AUGCCUGACAGCUACCCGACCUACCCAGACCUCAAGGACAAAGUCGCCCUCGUCCUCGGUGUCGGGCAGGGUCGCCUCGAGGGUGCCGCCGGAGACGCUACCUGGGGCAACGGCGCCGCCAUCGCCUGCAUGCUCGCCCACAACGGCGUCCGCAUCUUCGGGUGCGAUAUCGACCUCGCCGCCGCACAGCACACCGUCGACCGAAUACGCCAGCGGUACCAUUCGGCACAGGUCGACGUCGUGCGCGCCGACGUGACGAGGGCGGACGACGUCGAGCGCCUCGUCAACGACUGCCUGGCCAGGCACGGCCGCAUCGACAUUCUCGUCAACAACGUCGGCGCCACGGCGGCCGGGGACCCGGCCUCGCUGCCGGAGCAGGUCUGGGAUAAGCAGUUGGACCUGAACCUGCGCAGCGUCUUCCUGAGCAUGAAGUUCGUCCUGCCCGUCAUGGAGCGCCAGGCCUCCGGGGCCGUCGUUAAUAACGCCUCGAUCGCGGGGCUGCGCUACCUGGGCAAGCCGCAGGUGGCGUACAACGCGGCCAAGGCGGCCGUGGUGCACCUGACCAAGGUGACGGCGUGCAUCUACGCGCCCAAGGGCGUGAGGCUUAACAGCCUGGCGCCGGGGCUGAUGUACGUCCCAGUCGUGGCGCGGCUGGAGCACAGCGCCGAUCCUUCGGAGCGGGAGACGUUCAGGAAGAUCACCGAGCACAAUGUUCCGAUGGGCCGUAUGGGCAGCGCCUGGGACGUCGCGAGCGCGGCGGUCUUUCUCGCGAGCGACAAGGCUGCGGGAUAUAUCACGGGCCAGACGCUGGUUGUGGACGGUGGCUUGACGAGCUCAACGGGUACGGGAGGGCCUCCCGCUAAGCUGUAG